AGCCAUUUUGGGUCGGCCAUUUGAGCCACUCAGUGCCUCCGGUGGUGCCAGCGUUGUCCUUUUACACCGUCCCUUGUCCGCGAGAGAGAGCUACAGCGAGCUCCCUGGCCGACGAGACAAUCUUCCCUAGACCAAGCACCACAAGUGUAUGGGAGGUAUGGCUUCGAAAGCAGCGCCCGAUCAGCAUGAGAUUGCGCGCCCCUGGCUCAACCACCCCGAUGGGAAGUGGUCCCCGCGUCCACAGAUUCCAUUUGAUUGCCCAGUGUCCUAUGGGAUUGAGGAGAGCCCGGUGGACUUUGAGCUGGACGUGAGGGAACUGGGUGACGCCAACGCUGCGUCACACCCAGAGGUGCAGGUGAGCCCGGUCCAACCCAUUAGGCUAUCUUUUGAUCUUAUGGUGUCCGUGCAGAAUCUGCAGCACAUCCCCGACUGGUCAGGAGUUCUCACAUGGAAGCGGCUGCACGAACUGUACGCAGAGCUGUCAGAGCUGUUUGGACCAAGUAUUGACCUGAAAGCACCACCGCUGUUGACUCCACAAGAAGUUCUUCACAUCCCUGAGGCUCUUUGGAGCUAUCACGCUAAGAGCAUUUGUGCCGCCGUGCAGGUCUGGCUGCAGCAGGCCGUGCAACAUUGCCCACACCAUGUUUUGGAAGCUUUCUUCAGCAACCAUGCCCCAGCAUCAUGGAGCUCCACAGAAUUUCCACACUGCGAUGUGUUAUGUUUGCCAUUGGUCACUCACAUCUCUGAGUAUUUGGGAGACCCCUUAGACCUCACGAAUUUCUUUCGCCUCAGCACCAAGAGCAUUGCCGAAACCAGCUCCCAGAUCUGCGCCAUGCAGUGGAAGUGCAUCUUCCAGGAGAAAUGGCCUGUCUUCUAUGAAGCUCUAUCCUAUGAACCCCGGAAGCUUGAGACCGACUGGGAGGCUCUCUACCGGCAGAUGUGCUUGGGCAAACGUGAGGAAAUUCUGGAGGUUUUCGAUCGGGAGAAGAAGAUUGGCUUCUCCAUGUCUUGUAUGGUGGCGAAGGUGUCCUGGGAACACAGUAGCAAAUCAUAUGUUGCCAACUAUGUCAGCGCAAGUCACGUGCAGCCCGAACGCAUCCCGGCGGAGCAGAAGCAUCGUUUGCGGUUUUGUCCUGCCGGGACAGCUAGAGAUCAACUGCAGCCAGAGAUUGCGCCCCCUGGUGCCGCUGAGAUCUAUCCUUACAGAGUGUUGAAAGGAUACGAUGGUGUGGCGCUGGGACAAGGUGUUGAGCUGCAGUGGAAGAUGCAGAUGGGCAGUCCCUUCGGCUGGUGGUACGGCAAGGUGGAGCGCCUUGAGCGCAACGGGGCCACGGCGGCCGUGACUUUGAUCUUCCCACACUUUCCCACGAACUCCCGGUGGUACCGCCUCAGGGUGAUUGUGGGCGAUGGCGUGGUGAGAAGAUGCGCAAUUGGUGGAUACCAUGGCGGCGUCCGUGCCGUCACUGCUGAGGAGGAGAAAGUGUGGAACCAAUUCACUCCCAAGCAGCCAAUCAUGUUUUGAAUCCCAAGAGCCAGAUUUCAGGCCCUGAGGGCAGGUUACCUGCGAUUCCCUCGGCGAUCUGGCUGUGAUUGCACUGGCGAAGGCCAUUGCAGGUCCGAACGCGGAUGCGAUGUCCGAAGACAUGUGCACUGCAGGCCAUAGGUCAGUGUGCUGAGGACAGGAGUUGUAAAUUGUAAGCUACAGCAUGGGGAGGAGGAAUUGACCGACUUGUUUGUGCGGCAGAGUUGUA